AUGGCAGGUAGGGGUGAUGCAGAUUCUCGUUCCUUAGAACAAACGCCCACCUGGGCUGUCGCCAUUGUUUGUCUGGGCUUUGUAAUCAUCUCAAUACUGAUCGAACAAGCUAUUCAUUUUCUUUCUAAGUGGCUCGAGAAACGCCGAAAGAAAGCUCUGGGUAAAGCACUGGAAAAGAUCAAAGCAGAAUUGAUGCUUCUGGGAUUUAUCUCGCUGCUGCUUACCGUUGGGCAGAAGCCAAUUUCAGAGAUUUGUAUAUCUAAGAAGAUAGGAGACACCUUUCUUCCCUGUUCAAAGAAGGAGGCCUUAUCAUAUGAAGAGGUUAAGACUGGUCACUGUGCUCAACAAGGCAAGGUUCCUCUGAUAUCACAAGAUGGACUACAUCAACUGCACAUCUUCAUUUUUGUUUUGGCCGUUUUUCAUGUCUUGUCCUGCGUUAUGACCAUGUCGCUAGGAUGGGCAAAAAUGAGGACAUGGAAAGCAUGGGAAGAGGAGGCUAAAAGUAAAUUUUCUAUUGAUCCUUCAAGGUUUAGAUUUACUCGUGAAACUACUUUUGGAAGGAGGCAUGUGAGUUUCUGGUCCACAAUACCUAUUUUCACUUGGAUUGUAUGUUUCUUUAGACAAUUUUUUAUAUCAGUACCCAAAGUGGAUUACUUAACAUUGCGCCAUGGCUUUAUACUUGCUCACUUUUCUCCAAAUGCUACAUUUGAUUUUCAAAAAUAUAUAAAGAGAUCUCUAGCCAAAGACUUCAGUACUGUUGUAUCAAUCAGUCCACCUCUAUGGUUUUUUGCCAUCUUAUUUCUCCUCCUCAGCGAGAACGGGAUGUCUAGACUAUGUUGGUUAUCAUUCAUUCCAUUGCUUAUUCUUCUGAUAGUGGGAACGAAGUUGCAAGUUAUAAUAACUAAAAUGGCAUUGGAUAUCCAAGAUAGAAGCUCUGUAGUGCAAGGAGCUCCUGUGGUGAAGCCCAAUGAUCAACUGUUUUGGUUUGGUCGACCUCGCUUGAUCCUCUAUCUCAUCCAUUUUACCCAAUUUGAGACUGCUUUCCAGAUUGCUUUCUUCUUUUGGACAUGGUACGAGUAUGGAUUGACUUCUUGCUUCAAUACAAGGGUGCAAGGUACUAUACUCAAAAUAACCACGGGGAUUGCAGCUCAAAUAUUGUGCAGCUAUGUAACUCUUCCUCUCUAUGCUCUUGUUACACAGAUGGGGAGUAACAUGAGAACAGCCAUAUUUGAUGAAAGUGUAGCUGAGUCUUUGAAGAAGUGGCAUCAUAGAGCCAAGAAGAACCUUAGGAAAAAUAUGAAGAAAAGGCAGGAAGAUCUAUCAAAUAGACAAGAUACUUCUUGUGAAGGAUCUUCGUCUCCUGAUCUUCUUAACAAGUACAAAAGUGCAGACGACCCAAAAAGUGCCCAAAAUUUGGAACACCAUGAAUAUGAGUUUUCAGAUAUUGACGCAGACACAGAUACACCUUCUCCUUCUCACCAUUCUCAUUACAAUGCUAAUAACAAUUCAAAGGAAAAAUUACAUGGAGAAACACAAGAUGUUGAAAUAGGUGGCUGA